AUUAAAAAACAACCGACUGCGAUGUCACUUUGAAUGCGUACAGUUGUAACCCAGUGAUGUGCGAGUAAGUGAAUGAAGUGCGUGAUCACCUUGCAACUAAAAACAAAAAAAUAAAAACUAAGUUUUGUGUGAUAUAACAAUGACAAUGGUCAAAAUUAAUUUAACGACGUUGAAGCCACUCCACAUAAUUGGCAACCUUCUUGGUAUAUGGCCAACAUUUGAUACCAAUACGAUGUCGAAAUGUGGCCGCCAUUACGUGUACGGAAUCAUCGCUCUCAUCAUCAUAAUAUGUAUACAUAUGUACACGCUGAUAGAGAAAAUAACCUGGCAUGAUAAAGUGGACGAUUCCGUGUUUGUGAUGAUGUUGUUAUCUGAUAUAGCCACCACAACAACGAAUAUAACUUCAAUAGUGAAUAUUAAUUUCCUGCAGAGUGAUCGUCUGUAUAAAUUUCUACAAGAGUUGAAAAAUCUAGAGGCGAUUUUUCAAUAUGUUAAUUGUAAUUCAUCGAGUCAGAAACGUAACUUUUAUUUGCACAUACUCAUGGCGCAUUUCGUUUUUAUUAUUUAUGUGAUGUAUAAUUUAUGGGAAUGGACACAUACGCUUGGCUGGGCUGUGAGUCAAUACACUUUACUUCGAGAUGUGCAGUUUUACCAUGUCGGGAUAAGUGUCAUGUUAGUAAGAUCGUAUGUGUUGUUGAUUAAGUAUAAAGUUGAAGCUUUAAACUAUGUAUUGGAACAUCACCAGUUAAAUAAUCCCACUGCAAAUGUUGAAAAUGUGAUUGCUUUGCAGAAGUUAUUAGAAAAUGGUAAAAAUGCGAAUGUAUGCAACCAAAUUAACAAUUUACAAAUCAUCACGGUUAACCAACAAUGGGAUUUGGAAUAUAUUGGUAAAGUUUACACGAAAUUAACCAAUGUUGUUAAUGAAUUUAAUGAAAUUUUUGGAUGGAAUUUGGUUGUGUUUAUAAUACAACUUAUUAUUAAUUUAUUACUGGCUUUGAAUUUGGCGUUUGUUUAUGGAGGAGGGACGAAAAUACUGGAUACUACUUUGGAUUACAAUUUGUAUGUUUUAUGCUUUAUAUGGUUUGUUAUUCCAUUGAGUAAUAUGAUUGUUGUGAUAGCUUGUUGUGAUCGAACAAAACGUGAAAUGGAUAAAAUGCCUUCAAUUUGUUACACGCUUAUAAUGGAUUGUAAGGAUGAAGAGUUCGUGAAGAAGUUGAAGGAUUUAGCGCUGCAGGGACAUUUGCAAGCUUCAGAGUUCACUGCAGCAGGAUUUUUUAGUUUUAAUUAUUCUUUAGUGUUUCCUACAAUGACUUCGAUUAUAUCGUAUUUUAUUGUUUUGAUACAAUUCAAAUCAUAGGUAUUACUAUGAGAAGCAGAAGAUGUGAAUAGAUGUUUGUAACUCUUUCAUGAGUGAAGUACUGAAUCAAUUUUGAUUAAUUUUGGUAUGAAGAUAGAUUGGACGUUGGAAAUGAACAUAGGAUACUUUUUUCUGUUGAGAAAAUUGUGGAAAUGUGGAAAAUAGUGGAUGAAAAUUGAGGAAAACAUUUUGUCAUAAAAAAGGCAAUUUUUUUGUUCAUAAAAUUUUAAAUUAUUUUUUUGGAUUCUGAAAGAGAAUUUAAUUCUACAUCGAUUAUUUUAGUAACUUUUUUUUGUAACAAUAACCGCUUAAGCCCUAUUUGCAAAUUUUAAUAAAAAUUGCAUUCGACAUCGAAGAAAGAAAUCUUUUGCCUUUUUGAUGACGAAAUUUUUUUUAGUUUCUGUAAUAAUUGGAAUUGUUGAAUUCUGUUUUCGGAUCCUGAAAGUAUAUUAAAUUCUGAAUCGGAAACUAGUAACACAGUUAUAUAUUAAGGCCCUAUUGACAUGUAAAAACCAACUUUUAAUUAAAAUUACAAAUAGGGUCUAAAAACUUGAAUGAUCAAUAAAAAAUUAUUUUUCAGAAUUUAAA